AUGCUCCAGACAAGCUGCCUUUUCCUACUCUCACUUCUAACUUCUUUUUCACCACUUGGAACGGCAAUGCUUAACCUAACCCUUCCAGGAGCACAUCCAGACCCCGAAGCUGUUGCCCACGAAGUUCAUAGGAAGGUUAAUGCUUCAAUUGCAAGAAGGGAGAUGUUAUCAGUGUCAGAGAGAGACGAGUCUUCGUGUCUAACGGGGAACCCCAUUGAUGAUUGUUGGAAAUGUGACCCGGAUUGGCCCAACAACCGGCAGAGGCUGGCUGACUGCGCCAUUGGGUUUGGUCAGUAUGCAAAGGGAGGGAAAGGUGGUGAUUUUUACGUGGUCACCGAUUCCUCUGACGGGGACCCUGUGAACCCAAAACCUGGGACGCUGAGAUACGCUGUGAUACAGAACGAGCCACUCUGGAUCGUCUUCCCCAGUAACAUGAUGAUUAAGCUGUCCCAGGAGCUGAUUUUUAACAGCUACAAGACCAUUGAUGGACGCGGUGCUGAUGUGCACAUCGUUGGAGGAGGCUGCAUUACUCUGCAGUAUAUAAGCAAUGUCAUCAUACACAACAUUCACAUCCAUCAUUGUCAUCCCUCAGGGAACACGAAUGUUCGGUCAAGCCCGGAGCACUACGGAUUCCGGACAGAGUCGGACGGGGACGGAAUAUCUAUAUUCGGGUCGAAGGAUAUAUGGAUCGACCACUGCACGCUGUCGCGGUGCAAGGACGGGCUGAUAGACGCGGUGAUGGGGUCGACGGGGAUAACCAUCUCGAACAACUACCUCUCACACCACAAUGAGGUGAUGCUCCUGGGCCACAGCGACGACUACCUCCCAGACUCCGGCAUGCAGGUAACCAUCGCCUUCAACCACUUCGGAGAGAAGCUGGUCCAGAGAAUGCCCCGCUGCCGGAGGGGCUACAUCCACGUCGUCAACAACGACUUCACGGAGUGGGAGAUGUACGCCAUCGGUGGCAGCGGCGAACCCACCAUUAACAGUCAGGGGAACCGUUACAUGGCACCCCAAAACCCCUUCGCCAAGGAGGUUACGAAACGAGUGGACACCCAACAGUCAAAGUGGAAGGGCUGGAACUGGAGGUCCGAGGGUGACAUUUUACUCAACGGUGCCUUCUUCGUGGCGUCUGGCGAGGGCCUCGAGGUCAAGUACGAGAAAGCCUACAGCGUUGAACCUAAGUCAGCCGAUCGUAUCUCUCUUCUCACCAUGUCCUCCGGUGUUCUUGGAAAUGCCAGGGACAACAACCUCGGAAUGUGGAGCAGAGGACCUGGUGAUGAAUCUAUGGAGUCCGGCAUGGAAUACACCGACGACAUGUCCACCACUGCAACAAUCCUUCCGCCGUCUCUUUUUCUUCUCUUGUUGUCUUCCACCAUAAUCUUCACGGUUAUUCUAUAGCAAAACUAACCAAUCAUGUCACGCUUUCAUUUCUCUUUUCAUUCGAAUCAAAUCUGCCUGCUCCUUAAGUCUAUCCAUGGAUCAGGCCUAAUUAAGACUGUAUAUAUUCAUUCUCCUCCACUUUCA